GCCUGGCACCUGCAGUCGCCUUGGGGGCACCGCUGCCGGCUGAAGCAGCGCUGAGGGCACUCCUACAGAAGAGGAGCGGGCGUGAGCUGACCUCGCCGAUCUUCAACAUCCCGCCGAAGCGGCAGGUCUAUCCUGACUGGCUGGAGGGGAGCUGGCAAGCGACUUCGACAUUCGCAGGUUUCGAGUUCCCCACCCUGCCGCGGGCACAGGUCAUGAGACAGGAUGAUGUUCCUGGCUUCAAGAAAUGCUCCAUCAUUGAUUUCGCUGAUGUGGGCAAGUCGCCGCUCGAGUAUAACAUGAGCUUUGUGAAAGAUCAAGGCGUCGUUGUGGAGGACUUGCCCUUCAACCUGCGCUCCUCGGUGGCUGCUCACUUGGGAGGAAAGGGCCGAAUUACGAGUGUGGACUACAAUCCUCAGAGUGAUCCCAACCGCAUCACGAUCAGGCUCCUCGCCACGAAGAACGCAGAGCGAGUAGAGCUCUUCGUCAAUGCCCGCGAUUCUGAGCAACCCACCGAGGAGCCCGACCUGUUCCUGUCCAGUGAAUACCGCCGACAGGUGACGUUUUCUUCCCGAGUUGCUCAAGGAUACAACUGUAACUACCAGCACUUUCGGACCUUCCAACGAGUGGGUCCAGACAAGCUGCGCUUGAAUGUCCUCACAGCCUCCUACCUGGACCCUCUGAGUCCACUCUACUUCGACACCUUCGAUAAGCCCGCCAUCGUCUACGCCCAUGAGCUUGAGCUCACUCGCGCACCAGCAAUCUCAGCGUGA